AUGCGUCUCCUCGCCUCAUUGUGCCUCUUGCUGCUCAUCCGGUUUUCCGAGCCCCGCAGAGGUCCGCGAUCCGGCAUCGCUGAGUGGGGUCGCACGCGGGGAAGGGGAAGGCCCGGCAUCAUGAGGCGCCAAACUCAGCAGUGCAAGGAGUACAUAGAAGCGGGAGAGAAGUACCUGGACUGCCAGGACAGGCAGUUGACGACCGUCAUGCAAGACUGGCCCAAAGAUAUCCACCACCUGCUGCUGGCCAGGAAUAAAAUCCAGGUUCUGCGGGACAACAUGUUCUCCCAGUUCACACAACUGAAGAGUCUGGAUCUCCAGCAGAACGACAUCUCAAUGGUGGAAGACCGAGCGUUUAACGGGCUUUCAAAACUCAGGACGUUGCUUCUACAACACAACAAACUAAAAACGGCCACUGAGGAACUCUUGCUUCCCAUGCCCCGCCUUGCCUACCUCCGACUUUACGACAACCCCUGGAGCUGUCACUGCCCGUUGGACAGCCUGCUUAGGACGCUGCAGGUGCCUAGUAACCGCAACCUGGGCAAUUACGCCAAGUGCGCGGAGCCUCUUUCGCUGAGGGGCCAGAAGUUGAAGAAGCUGAACGUGGACUCGUUGUGUGCAGGUGACAACCAGGUGGAUGAGACUCAACCUAAACCACCCAUCAAAAACACAGUGGUCACAUCCAUGUGUCACACCUACAUGCUCCCUAAACCUGUACUGGACUGCAGCUACAAAGGUUUGAGUAACGUCCCGUCCGGGCUGCCUUCCGACAUCGUGAAGAUGGAUCUGUCCGGCAACAACAUCAAACAUCUCCGGCCCAAGCACUUCUUGCAGUCCAAAGACCUCAAGCUGCUCAACCUCAGCAGCACCAGCCUUAACCAAAUAGACCCAGGUGCAUUCGCAGGGCAGCUGUACCUCCGUGAGCUUGACCUGUCCAACAACAGCCUCCAUUACUUCCAGUACGGCGUCCUGGAGGACCUCUACUUCCUGCGCAAGCUGUCUCUGGGCGACAACCCGUGGAUCUGCGACUACAAUAUCCACUACUUGAUCUACUGGCUCAAGCUGCACCCCGGCGUGGCCCACACGGGACUCACCUGCGCCGAGCCCAGGGAAUUCCGGGGCUGGCGUGUGGCAGACUAUGUCAAGACCUACAACGGGGAGUGUCCCAAGGAUGGACAGAAUGGGUGGUCCAACGGGGGGGAAGCGGCGUCUGAGAACGAGGCGCAAGAGCUGGUGAGGGAGACGGAGGAGGGGGUUCUGCCAAGACCAAUGAAAGACCGGAAUUUAAAGAAGUUUGAGAUCAUCAGGUUGAGCUAA